AAAAGAACUCCUGUGUCCCGCGCCACCGAACAAAAUCUUCCUUGUUGCAGCAGAUCAAGCGCAUCGGCAUCUGCUCAGACCUCAUCCAUCUCCCUCCUUAACUUUCCCUCCAAAGGAAAAGCAUCUCUCGCGCCUAGGCCAUCAUCGUAGCCCUCGACUAAACUAAACUAAACUAAAAGCAAGACAGUGAGCGCCCUUUUUCUUCCGUUGCUCCAUGGCCAUGGCUUCCCGACCGCCUCUUCAUCGUCGACGUCGUCUUCCCCUCGUCCCACUCCUCGUUCUGCUCUGCCUCUCUCCGGGAUGCGCUGCCGGGAGAGUCCCGGUUUCGGUCUACUACGAAACGCUGUGCCCGUUCUGCUCCGCGUUUGUCGUGAACGACCUCUCCAGGAUCUUCCGCGACGGGAUCUUCUCCAUCGCUGACCUGCGGCUCGUCCCUUUCGGCAAUGGGCGUGUCUCGGCCGACGGAACCGUCACUUGCCAGCAUGGAGAGGACGAGUGCCAACUCAACGCUAUAGAAGCUUGCGUGAUCAGAAUAUGGCCUGACGCGGAGCAGCAUUUUCCUUUCAUUCAAUGCGUUGAGCAUUUAGCACUGACUCGGAAAUGGGACGCCUGGCAGUCUUGCUUUCAUGAAACUGGUCUCGCUUAUCAACCUGCUAUUGACUGCUACAACUCAGGGUAUGGAAGGCAGCUCGUACUCCAGUAUGCUGCUGAGACAAAUGCUCUGCAGCCUCCUCAUCGGUUUGUACCUUGGGUGGUCGUCAACGGCAAACCGCUCGGUGAUCGUCUACAGGAUUACAUGAACUUUGAGGCAUACAUCUGCAGCGCUUAUGACGGCAAGCUUCCAAAGGCAUGCAAGGGGAAGCACCUAGCAAUUGCUCAGGAGACGAAAGCCAGCCGAGGAGACAAGGUGCAUAAGGUUCAACAUAAGCCAAGAAAGAAAUCAAGUUAUGGACACAAUUUAAUUGGAGCAAAAGGCCUUGAAUGUGCUAAAAAUGGUGCACUGGACACUGUCCGGUGCACAAGGGCCGUACAACUUCAAACCAGCCACUUUCGAGAAAAUGGAGGCAUGCUCCGCUAUAAUUCACCGGACUGUCCGGUGAGCCAACGGAGCAACGGCUCUCUGCGCGACAACGGUCACCAGCCACGAUAAACAGUGCAAGUCAAAAGUCAGAGUGCAGAAGUCAGAGGGCACCAGACUGUUUGGUGCAGCUAGAAGACAAAUGUCUCCAACAGUCAACUGAUCAUAACCCUAACGGUUGCGCUGACGUGGCGCGCACCGGACAGUGCACA